AUGGGAUUAAGAUGUCAGUACGGUAUUAUGGGUAACCAAGUAGCAUCGAAGGUGUUUUACAAAAAUAACGAUACAAAAAAAAAUGUUGCGGAGGAGAUAAAGAAUCACGAAGAAGAAAACAAGAAAAGGGAAAAUAAGCGGUUCCCUCUUAGCAGACUCUCAAAAGAGGAGAAGUGGCAACAGACAAAUGAGAAAGCCAAGCAGAGGUUGCCACAGACAGAUGAGCACGCAAGGCACAGUUUGCCACAGAUAGCUCCGCAAAAUAGCUCGGGAGAAGAUUUAAAAAAUAACGAAAUAGAAAAAAUAAAGCAAGAGAAUUUUUACAUGUUUGAUGAAAGCUUGAAUUCAAAUGACGUUAAACAUCCAUGCCACGCGCAGUGGUUUUUAUUUUGGGUAUUCGCGUCUUACUUAAACGAAAAAUUCUCGGACAUUGAGCGGGCAUAUGUCCAUUCGUUUUAUUCAAAUUUCCCUGAGCAGUGUAUAAAAGGAAAGGGGAAAAACUGCUUCCUUGAAUUUUCUAAAAUAUACCCCGUCAGGUAA